AUGGGGGGACUCAACCACGAAACAUGGAGGCAACCACCUGCGUCUCUUAACGUGGAAUGGCCCACAAGGAGCGCUUUCAAAGAUGGCCCGAGCCUCGAAGAACAGAAAUGUCGGAUGAAGGAGACGCGGGAAAAGGUCCGCAAUGUCAUCACCUCCUCUGGCUUCAUUGCUCCGCAAUGGCCCGAGGUCGGACAGCAGGUGAAAUGGACCUCUAAUACCAACACUUCGCUUGGUGAUGGGCGGGCAAAAUUGACCUCUCGUUGGGAUGGACAGAGCUCGUCGUCUGCCGCAAACAGCAUUCCUCUCCGAUUCCAGACCUCAAUCGCAGACAAGACUAAUCAAACCCCAGUUCGAUCCAUGCCAUCUGAAGAGGAUCGACCGUCCUUCGACCAGCAUGAUUCGCCUCUCUUGCAACUCCUCGGUCGACGUCGCGAGAGGUCGCAGCAAUCGCAGAGAAACACUGCAGACAACAUACCAAUCUCGCUAGCAUCCGGUGGCAUUCAGAACUAUAACAUUGACCCAUCCAUCUUCAAUCCCCGAAUCAACACUGUGGUGCUGCCUGAUCAUAUGUUCCUUCGCACACCGCCGUCCGCGCCGCGCGCCAUGCGGGAACAAUUGUCAUCUGCAGGCCGUUCCCUGCGGGUUGGCCGCCCACGCCGACAUACUGAUGCGACUCAGACGAGCGUUGACUCUGUCAACACUCGUCGGGCGCGUGGCUACUCUUCAUCCACGAAUGACACCCAUCACACCAUCGAGCCCAAUUUCUUGGACUGCGGAUAUGAGGAUGAAUGCACCAGUGCCUGUAGUAGCUCAGAGGUCACUGUCAUUGAAAAGAGCCCCAAGACUCCAACUCGGUCAAGAGCCCAGAGUUCAGCAGCUGCUUUCAAGGCUAUACCUCUUCAUAUCCUUGAUACCCCACCGGUCAUCCGUCCGCCUCCUGGAUUCGAGCCUCACAAGACCGCUGAGCAGGGUACCAGGCCACAGCUAAGCUUCGCUGUUCCCAACUCAAAUUACGAUCACACUCACGGCAGCUGGAGUCAAUCUCGCAUCUGGUUCAGUAAAGAAGAGCGCCUGAGGAUCAACUUUGCCCGCAUGCAAGAGAAAGCACGACAUCUCAGUCUAGACAAGUCUCUCUUCCUCCCAGAGACCGUCGGUGAGUACGCCGCUCUGCUGGCCGAGAGGAAAGCUGCAGAAGCUAAGCGAAUCCGCAAGAAGAUCCAGCAGAACGAGAGAGCAGAACAGAUUCAACAGGAUGAGGCUUUGGUGAGUCACCACUCCCAGCUCAUCAACGCCCCAUGCCUAUUCUUCAGCGAAGCACUAAUUGACGAGUUCGUGCAGACGGCGCCUCCGCCUCCGCUGCAGGUCCAAUUGUUUGCGGGCAACAGGAGGGUUGAUGGACUGUCACCAGUCCUGGCAAUGGAAACCUGCUUCAAUGAGAUUCCCGCUGACGCUCCCGAUUCCAAGAGAGUUGACUGGCCGCCAGACGUGGAGUUUAAAAACUGGAAGAGCUAUCGGCCUCGGCCUCCACCGGGCUUUGCGAGACAGAGAGGUAGCUCCCAUUGUGGGAUGUGGCCCUUGCCUCGCACCAACAUCCCUUUUCGACCCCACGAAUGCUUCCCGAAGAACAAAAUCCCUUAUAGCGACAGAAAAAUGAUACUCGCUCCUCGUUGGGACUGGAUGCCGAGGAUUUCUAAGGGACUCCCCGACGAGUCUCACGUUUGGGCCGCCGAGCCAUUCGUCACUGACAUCAGCUUGUUACUGCCGUCAGAUCUUCUCUUAUGA